CAUAAAAAUAAAAAGCCAAAUAAUAAAAAAACCCCAAAUCCAAAACGAAGAGAGAGAACCAAAUUUCUCUCUUUCUCUCUCUUUCCGAUCAGAUCGGACGCCCUGUGUCUGAAUUCCAAUACACCGCACACAAUUUCGAUUCCUUUCUUUCUCUCAACGUUUCAAUUCCCAAUUUUUCAAAAACUUUCCCCAUUUUCAUCAAUUCGAAUUUUAUUUUUUUACACUGUUUCCGUUCCCAAUUUUUGCGAUCUGGGAAAUUCCUUGUAUUAGGGUUAAGGUUGUUGUAUUCGGGUUCAUUGCGACGGUGAUGGCAAUUUGAGCGUUGAGAAUUUGAAUUUGUCGAUAUUUUUUCGUUCCAGAUCGUUCGUUCGUGGUUCUCUAAUGGCGUCGGCUCAGGUGCUGCCAAACACCGCCGCGUCGUCGCGGAAGCAAGAGCAUCUUGAAGCUGGCAAGCGCCGGGGUGGUAAAUGGAAGGAAAUAGUGAAAAUGAUUGGAGGGGAGCUGAAAGGAAGAGGACUAUGCAAUCUUCAAUUACGUAUCGCGUGUCAGUCUGUUGUGACAGUUGAAGGCCUGGGACUUAUUGGGGGGGUCCUGCUCUCAAGUAUAUGCAAGAGGGAAGCUAAAUCAUCUAGUUGCUACUUGCGUGAGGAUCCGUUUUUGUGGUUAUAAAGCUUAUAGUUUUCCUUUUAGGCUGCUACCUUUUGUUUUGGGGCUAACAGGGGCAGAAAUUUUGGAGGAGUAAACUUUUAGGGAUUUAGUUUUGUUUGGUUGAUGAGUAAAAGAAAAAUGAAAAAUCUUGAAGAGUAUCUUUUUCCCCCUUUUGGGGAUUUUGUUAUCUUUUUUCUUUUUAAAAGUUUAUUCAUCCGUUAAUGCAUUCAUCUCAGCCACACUUAUGCCUUUGCUUGCCUUUAUCUGGCACUUGAUUACCCAUAUUUUCUAGCUGGUCUCAGUAGCCUGGUCUGUUCUUUUACCCAUCAUCUUGUUUGGCAUCACAUCUUCGGUUUGAUUGCAUGGUACAAUGAAGGAACCUGUUCACCGGAUAGUAAUAUUGUGUUAUUGUAAUACUGAUCAUUGUUUUGUUCCCUUAAAAAAGGGGCUUUUCAUUUGUUUGAAGAUCUUUUCUUGCCUAUCCUACUAGAAUGAAGAUUCAAAUCCUAUACCUAGGAAAACCGGAAAAUUACUGUUUCCUACUUACUAAACCCAUAAUGAAAACAUGUUCUUUAAAAUAAGAUUCAGUAAUACCUAAAUAAUUCAAGCAUAUAAUAAAUUUACUAUGCCCAUUUGGUGAGUGAUAAAUUUACAAAAAUAUACCAGGGAUAAUAAUAACUUAAUUAAUUUAUCAAACAACCAGGGAAGCCAUUUACUGAAUAGUAAUGUUGUAUAUUGAGCAUUGUUCCCUUGAAAAGUGGCUUUUCAUCCAGAGUAGUCAACUGAGUGCUAUAGCACCACUGUGGGCCAAUCAAUGGAACCCUGUCUCGUUGCAGUUUUAUGUUGUGCCUGGAGUGUGUGAAUCAUGGCUGCUAUUGCAGUUGUGUGACCACUAUUGGCUCAGAGACAAAACUCCUUUCUAUUUGUCCUCGAAUGACAACGUUUGGUGCCGAGUGAGGGGGGCAAUCUUGGGAUUUCUCCCCUUUUUAUUUCAUCUUACCCUAUUUCCCCACUCUCUGUCCAUUUGAAAGCUAAAUGAUGCAGGUAUCUUUUCUCUUUGAUGCAAGCCAUCUGACCUAGAGCUCCUAGUUGCAUUUUUAGCCAACCCAUGGCAUGAUGGCACUUCAAUGGAGUUUCCUGCCAACCCACCUACUGUGGAACUCUGGAACAUCAUCCUUUGCUGGAGGAGUUUCGUAAAAAGAAAGCUGCUGAGUGGACCAAGAAGGCUGCUUCCUCUGGCCAAGUUCACAAUUCUGAUGCUAGCUUGAAUAAAAAACAAUCUUCUGAAGUUGAAAAUGUACGUGUUAACGAGUCAGAUGGAGUUAGCACAUCUGAUGGUGUUGGGGGAUCUGUUACUGGCACAUCAACUUUGGGGAUGAGGAAUGAUAAGAACCUGAAUUUGAUUAGCCAAAGUAGUAGUCAAGGGUCUUUGGCUGGUAGUACUUUUCUUGCCAGAAAUGAUCUUAAUAUGUCAUCUACAAGUCUGGGGGAGGCACAUUCCAAUAUUGAUGAAGGUAAGAGAUAUAAUGCUUCUUCUGUUACCACAUCUGCUGAUUUUAGUCAAAACAAUGAGACAAAUAAGGUGAAUGAUAUACAUGGAAUUCAUGCUGUUGGUGUUGAUGGAAUUCCAUAUGCGACAACAAACCACCAAAGCGUUCCUCUACGCUCGCAAGAAAGUCAAGAGUUUGAUAGUAAUCCUAGUCAAUCUAGUCUUCAUGGGGUGAAUGACAACCAAUCAAACAAGAGUAACAGUUCUUUGAAGGAUUAUGCAGUUACUGAUAAUUUCUCUUCGUAUUUUCCUUCAAAAAUCACACCUCAGAACUCUGUUGAUACUCCACUGCAAAUCAAGCCAAUGAAUUCUAGCACUUUUGAUAGUGGCUACUCACAUAGUUUGCUUUCUGGAGGUUUCAGUGAUUCUUUUAGUUCCAAGUUUCGAGAGACCAUUACUAGCUCUGAUAAUAAUUUGCCUAGUCUUCAUGGUGCAACUAUGCCAAAAUAUGAUUCCACAGGUUAUGAAGCAAGAAAUUCUUCUAAUCAUACACCAAUACAUUCGUUGCCAACGGAAUCUAGUUCUCAGAGGUCACGUCCAUCUUUUCUUGAUUCUCUUAAUGUCACUAGACCUUCUUUGGGGUCUCCAUUUCAUCAAUCUGAGCAAGAUUCCUCAAUGUCCAAUCAUUUAGAAUCAAGCAGCAAUGGCAUAUCAGGAUCUACUUAUUUCCAUAAGCCGUCUGAAGAGACAAAAAGUAUGCCACUUUUCUCAAAUUUUACAACUGCAAAUGUUCAUAGUUCACUUGAGCAGUUGACAACCCCUUCAGUUGUUGAUAAUGACAAUCAAGGUGCACUGAUGACAAGCACUAGGGAAAAUGGCAUGGAGAAGCAGCAUGAUUAUUACUCAUCUUCACAAAAUGAAGACUUUUCUGCUUUAGAACAGCAUAUCGAAGAUCUAACAAAAGAAAAGUUUUCUUUGCGACGCGCUCUUGAGGCUUCUCGAACUUUAGCAGAGUCACUAGCUACUGAAAAUUCAACUCUGACUGAUAAUUAUAAUCAACAGAGGAGUGUCGUCGACCAAUUGAAAUCAGACAUGGAGAAUUUACAAGAAGAUAUCAAAGCCCGACUGGUUGAGUUUGAGGCUAUCAAGAGUGAAUAUACAAAUGCACAACUAGAAUGUAAUGCAGCUGAUGAGCGUGCCAAGUUAUUGGCAUCUGAAGUUAUUGGUUUAGAGGAGAAGGCACUGAGACUAAGAUCCAAUGAGCUAAAGCUCGAGAAGCAGUUGGAAAAUGCUAAAGAAGAAAUUUCUUCAUACAGAAAGAAAAUGUCUAGCCUAGACAAAGACCGCCAUGAUUUGCAGUCAACCAUCGAGGCUCUUCAAGAGGAAAAGAAGAUGUUGCUUUCUAAGCUGCGAAAGGCUUCAGGAAUUGGAAAGUCUAUUGAGAGUCAAACAAGUAAAAGGGAUGUUUCUACAUCUACAGACGAUUUAGCAAGUGAAGAUCCUGCUUCUAACUCUUCCAACCCAGAAAUCAAUGAUAAUGCUGCUGAGGCCUCUAGUUUGUCCUCUGUUACUGAAACUAGACACUCAUCUUUUGGAGUUUCAACUGUGAAUAUUCCUCACGAUCAGAUGAGAAUGAUUGAGAACAUUAAUGCACUUAUUUCUGAGCUGGCAUUGGAGAAAGAAGAAUUGAUAAAAGCCUUGACAUCUGAAUCAUCUGAGUGUUCCAGGAUGAAGGAAAUAAACAAGGAGUUGUCCCGAAAGCUUGAGGUCCAGACACAAAGAUUAGAGCUUUUGACUGCUCAAAGCAUGGUCAAUGAAAAUGUUUCUGCAAAGCAACCAGAUUCUCGUGCUAUGUAUGAGAACACCCCAUAUGCAGAUGAGGGUGAUGAGGUCGUGGAAAGGGUGUUAGGAUGGAUUAUGAAGCUCUUUCCUGGUGGAACUUCAAGACGGAGAACCAGCAAACUUCUUUGAUUGGAUUUACAUUAGACUUUUGUAUUUGUUGUCACCAAAGUCUUACUCAACUGUUAGGAUGGAUCAUGAAGCUGUUUCCUAGUAUGCAAGGUAAAGAAUCAGCAAAUUUCAACCCCGGAUCCACGAGUAACAUGUUGACAAAAGUCUACCGAGUUGCAUUUUGUUCUUGUAACCUCCUCAACCCACUGGAGGUCGUGAUCUGUAAAUUUUGAGUGAAUUAUACAACAAAUUCUUGAAAAAGAAAUGAUUUUCUCUUCUGAGCUGCUGCUUAUUGAUCGAUGAAUCCAGCUGCAAUUAUUUUCGAAGAUGGCAAUAAAAUCUCUUCUGCGGUGUUAUCUCUUUGACUGAAUUCCAAAUUUUGUAAGUAUAAUAGUUGGCUAUGAAAGAGACUGUACCAAGAAGCAUAGUGUGAGAGUCAGAGAUCAGUUGUUAAGUAUGAGAUGUGAGAACAUUUGUUGAAUGUAUAUUGCUAGAUAGAAGUGCAAAAGAUGAUUAUAGAUACAUAAUUGAUUUAUUUUUAAGUGCUUCAACUUCAAAUCACUCAUGAACAUUAUAUUUGCUCAGUAGUGAAAACAGCAUUUACCCAUUAUGAAUGGGAAGAGAGUUUGUGUUGACAAGAUGACAUGUAUAAGUCAUCAAUUAGUAUUCUUUAAAUAAGAGUUAUUUUUCCAUGGA